CAACAUGAAUGACUUUUGACACAUCACAAAUCAACAAGUUUACCAAAUUUGAAAACAAAUCAUUUUAAAAAUAAAUUAUAUGUAUUAUAAAUAUAAUCGUUGACAAAUAAUAUAAUUCAGAUAAUUUUUAUCUUCUACAUGAGCAUUAUUUUAUUUAAGUCUCAAUGAACUCAAUCAUGAGAACACUUCGUGCAGCCCUUAUCCAGUCUCGGGUCAGCAAAAGUCGCACAGAAAAUCUGGAAAAUGCAGAAAAACUUAUUACUAAAGCAGCAAAAACAUUGCGAGCAAAUAUCAUAUGUUUACCUGAAUGUUUUAACUCUCCUUAUGGCACCCAAUUCUUUAAUGAAUAUGCAGAAAACAUUCCCAAUGGACCAACAUGUGAGAUGUUAUCAAAAGCUGCUAAAGACAACAACAUUUAUCUUAUUGGUGGAACUUUUCCAGAGGUUGAUAAUAACAAAUACUACAAUACAUGCACAGUGUGGAAUCCUGAAGGAAAACUUGUUGCCAAAUACCGUAAAAUGCACUUGUUUGAUAUAGAUAUACCUGGAGGAAUUACUUUCAAGGAAUCCGAUGUGCUUUCGGCUGGGAAUCAGUUAGCUAUCUUUGAGGUAUAUGGUGUUAAAGUAGGACUUGGCAUCUGCUAUGAUCUGAGAUUUGAAGAACUUGCAAAGUUAUACAGGCUACAGGGAGUAGAAAUUCUUAUUUACCCAGCUGCAUUCAAUACAACCACAGGACCAUUACACUUUGAGUUGUUGCAAAGGUCAAGGGCAAUUGAUAACCAAGUAUAUGUGUUUGCUAUAAGUCCAGCAAGGGGAGAAAAGGGCUAUAUUGCUUGGGGGCACUCACAAAUUACUGAUCCUUGGGGCAAAGUUCUGAGUCAGGCUAAAGAAGGUGAAGAUAUCAUUCAAGCGGAUAUAGAUUUAACUGAAUGUGAUAAAGUAAGGCAGCAAAUACCAAUAUUUUAUCAGAGGAGGACUGAUAUUUAUGACACUAUAAAGAUGGGAAUUAAAUGAGUCAACUAUUCAGGUUCUUGUUAAUGUUUUAGGCUAAAAUUUGGUGUUUUAAAGGUAUUUAGUUAUUGCUAUUUAGGGACAACAUAUAAAGCAAUAUUGCUUUAGGUAUGAAUAAUUUUUAAAAUAAAUAAAUUUUAAUUACUGUUAACCUUAUAGGGUGUUUUUGAAUAUAUUAUCAUUUUUUUUAUUGGA